AUGGAUAAUGAUACUACAGAGUUUUUUCUCUUGGAAUUUUCAAACAUAUGGGAACUACAGCUUCUGUAUGCAAUGAUACUUUUGUUCAUAUAUUUAAUUACAUUAGCAGGAAACUUACUCAUUAUUUCUGCAGUUGUUUUGGACUCCUGUCUUCACAUCCCCAUGUACUUCUUUCUGACAAAUUUAGCCUUUCAGGACAUUGGUUCUGUUUCAGUCAUUGUCCCCAAAGCUGUUUUCAAUUCAGUUAUGAACAUAAAUAGUAUUUCUUAUCCUGAAUGUAUGACCCAAGUGUUUUUGUUUGUAUUCUUUGUAGACUCUGAUAUUUCUCUUCUUACUGUCAUGGCAUAUGAUCGGUAUGUUGCCAUUUGCAAUCCUUUACGAUAUGAGAUGAUAAUGAAUAGGAAGGUUUGUACCAAAAUAGUUAGUAGUGUCUGGAUUGUCAGCUUUCUCAAUGCUGUAUUAAACACAAUGGGAACUUUCAUUACUCCUUUUUGCUCUAAUAUUAUUAAUCAGUUUUACUGUGAAAUCCCACCUUUACUUAAACUUGCCUGCUCAGAUUUAUAUGUAAUUGAAAAUGGAAUUGUAGUAUUUAUUUUUACACUAACAUUUGGUUGUUUUGCUUUUAUCAUUGUUACUUAUAUACAGAUCUUUACUGCUGUUUCAAAAAUCCCUUCUGACCAGGGAAGAAAAAAGGCCUUCUCCACUUGCUUCCCUCACCUUACAGUUUUUUCUUUAUUUUUAUUUACAGCCUCACUUGCUUACCUGAGGCCUCAGUCUGACCAACCAUCAAACAUUGAUAUCAUUGUUACAAUAAUAUACUGCAUUUUUCCACCUAUGUUGAAUCCGGUAAUCUAUAGCAUGAGAAACAAGGAUAUUAAGGUUGCUCUAUUAAGAAUUCUGGUGAAAAGACAUUUAUGA